AUGCCGCCCUCCCUCGCCGACCAAACAACCCGUCUCCGACGAACAUUCCACUACCCAAACGACUCCGACUCCGACGACACCCCCGAAGCCAUGGACGAACAAGAACAAGACAACCUCAUCCAAACCCUCACAACCCAAAACGCUUCCCAAAACGAAUCCACAGCCCGCGUCCUCCUCCUCCUGCCCCUCCUCUCCACAGUCGCCUACGUCCGCCCGCUCCUCGACCCCAAGACCGCUUCGUUUGCCGUCUUCUGCUUGACGUCGCUGCUUGCGACUGCGUUUUUGCUGCAUCGCCUUCCGCCGACGGAGACGGGCAUCGCCGCCAUCGAUGACUGGGCCAGCAGACGGAAUAACUCUUCGUCGUCGUCGUCGUCGUCUACCAGCGCCAGCUCUUCGCUACGACGGCGACAACAGCAUAACGUUCAGUCUCUAGGAGGCGUUUUGGGAAGGAGGGCGGCGGCGCAGGUUGAGAUGCGGUCGCCGUUGGAAAGAACGCUGCCGUAUCUGAAUCUCGGCCUGGUCGUGCUCUUGAUCCUCAUGGGGCUUGUAAGAGGCAACGACCGGGGCGGCGGCUUCGGCUGGGUCAGCAUGGGCAACGUCCCGGGCCUCGUCUACUCCGUCGCCAUCACGGCAAAGAUCGUCAUGGCCGGUGUAGACCCUGAGAGGGAGCUGUCAGGCCUCAAGUACGGUUACAAAGGCGCCUGA